AGACACGGUCCUGGAGCGCGCGCCCACGGACAGGCCAUGGGUCCAGGAGAGAGGCUGAGCACGCCGAGCCCAACCCCCGUUGGAAUAUUCGGGCGCGUCCUGCCUUUCCCUCCCCAACCUCUCGCCUCGCCUCCUGUCGCGUUUCCCAUUCCCAUUCCGAACUCGCGAACCCACCACCUCCCUCCCGCGCCGCCUCUCUCGGAUCAGAUCAAAGCCGAACACCAACUCCUCCUACUAGGCUUUGUGAAACCCUCAGCACUGUGGAUUUGAAGGGCUAGCGUUUGGUCGCUCCUCUCACGGCGAGGCUUUCUCUCUCAGCUCGUGUUUCAGACAUGAUGUCGCGGUCGUACACCAACCUGCUCGAUCUCGCGGAGGGCAACUUCGCGGCGCUGGGCCCGGCCGGCGGCGGGGGGAGGCGGAGGCAGGGGUCGUUCGGGCUGAGAAGGAUGUCGAGGGUGAUGACGGUGCCGGGGACGCUGUCGGAGCUCGACGGCGAGGACGAGUCGGAGCCCGCGGCGACCAACAGCGUCGCCUCCGACGUGCCCUCGUCGGUGGCGGCUGACCGGCUCAUCGUCGUCUCCAACCAGCUGCCCGUCGUCGCGCGGCGACGACCCGACGGCCGCGGGUGGUCUUUCUCCUGGGACGACGACUCGCUGCUCCUCCAGCUCCGCGACGGCAUUCCUGACGAGAUGGAGGUUCUCUUCGUCGGUACCCUCCGCGCCGACGUCCCCGUCGCCGACCAGGAUGAGGUGUCCCAGGCGCUGCUCGACCGAUUCCGCUGCGCGCCGGUGUUCCUCCCCGACUACCUCAACGAACGCUUCUACCACCGCUUCUGCAAGCGCUACCUCUGGCCUCUGUUCCACUACAUGCUCCCCUUCUCUUCAUCCGGGUCCACUGCCACCACCUCUUCCUCAACCCCCGCAUCCUCGUCCGGCAACGGCCGCUUCGACCGCAGCGCGUGGGAGGCGUACGUGCUGGCCAAUAAGUUCUUCUUCGAGAAGGUAGUGGAGGUCAUCAACCCGGAGGACGACUACGUCUGGGUUCACGACUACCACCUAAUGGCGCUGCCCACCUUCCUCCGCCGCUGCUUCAACUGCCUCCGCAUCGGAUUCUUCCUCCACAGCCCCUUCCCCUCGUCGGAGAUCUACCGCACCCUCCCUGUUCGCGAGGAGAUAUUAAAGGCGCUGCUCAAUUGCGACCUCAUUGGGUUCCACACUUUCGAUUACGCCAGGCACUUCCUCUCGUGCUGUAGUAGGAUGCUGGGGAUUGAAUACCAAUCAAAGCGUGGGUACAUUGGAUUGGAUUACUUUGGCCGCACUGUUGGGAUCAAAAUCAUGCCGGUGGGAGUUCAUAUGGGUCAACUGCAGUCGGUUCUGCGCUUGCCCGACAGGGAGUGGAGACUUUCCGAGCUGCAGCAGCAGUUUGAGGGGAAAACAGUCUUGCUUGGCGUGGAUGAUAUGGAUAUCUUCAAGGGGAUCAAUUUGAAGCUUCUUGCGUUUGAGAAUAUGCUGAGGACACAUCCCAAGUGGCAGGGGCGAGCAGUGUUAGUGCAGAUUGCUAAUCCGGCCCGCGGAAGGGGUAAGGAUCUGGAAGCCAUCCAGGCUGAGAUUCAGGAGAGCUGCGAGAGGAUUAAUGGAGAGUUUGGCCAGUCGGGGUAUAGCCCCGUUGUUUUCAUUGAUCGUGAUGUGUCUAGUGUCGAGAAGAUUGCAUAUUACACGAUAGCAGAAUGUGUGGUGGUGACUGCUGUGAGGGAUGGGAUGAACUUGACACCAUAUGAAUACAUUGUCUGUAGGCAGGGAGCUCCAGGAUCUGAGUCCAUAUCAGAGGUGAGCGGGCCAAAGAAGAGUAUGCUGGUUGUAUCAGAGUUCAUUGGAUGCUCACCGUCAUUGAGUGGUGCAAUUCGGGUUAAUCCUUGGAAUAUAGAGGCAACCGCAGAGGCGAUGAAUGAGGCUAUUUCAAUGCCAGAACAGGAAAAGCAGUUGAGGCACGAGAAACAUUACCGUUAUGUCAGCAGCCAUGACGUUGCUUAUUGGUCAAAGAGCUUCAUCCAAGACUUGGAAAGGGCCUGCAAGGAUCACUUUAGGAGGACUUGUUGGGGCAUAGGGUUGGGUUUUGGUUUCAGGGUGGUGGCCUUAGACCCUCAUUUUACAAAGCUUAACAUGGAUUCAAUUGUUGGUGCUUAUGAGAUGUCAGAGAGCAGGGCUAUAUUGCUUGACUAUGAUGGAACUUUGGUUCCUCAGACUUCCAUCAACAAGCCACCUGAUGCAGACGUUUUGAGCAUCAUCAAUACCCUCUGCUCAGAUAGGAGGAACAUUGUUUUUCUAGUCAGUGGGCGAGACAAGGAUAAAUUGGGAGAGUGGUUUGCCUCGUGUCCAAAGCUGGGAAUUGCAGCAGAGCAUGGUUACUUCUUAAGGUGGGCCAGAGAUGAAGAGUGGCAAGCUAGCACCCAGGCUAUGAACUUUGGAUGGAUGCAAAUGGCAAAGCCAGUGAUGAAUUUGUAUACGGAAGCAACUGAUGGAUCCAAUAUUGAGACCAAGGAAAGUGCUUUGGUGUGGCACCAUCAGGAUGCUGACCCAGGCUUUGGAUCCUCACAGGCAAAGGAGAUGCUUGAUCACCUUGAAAGUGUACUAGCAAAUGAACCAGUCACUGUCAAGAGCGGUCAGUUCAUUGUUGAAGUCAAACCUCAGGGAGUAAGCAAGGGAGUAGUUGCUGAGAGGAUACUCACAUCAAUGAAGGAGAGAGGAAAGCAGGCUGAUUUCGUAUUAUGCAUUGGUGAUGACAGGUCGGAUGAGGACAUGUUUGAAAACAUAGCCGAUAUCAUGAAGAGGAGUAUAGUUGCUCCAAGAACAGCAUUGUUUGCAUGCACUGUCGGACAAAAACCAAGCAAAGCCAAAUUCUACCUGGAUGAUACAUUUGAAGUGGUCACCAUGCUGAGCGCACUGGCAGAUGCCACAGAACCUGAACUGGAGACCGAUUGGUCCGAUGGAUUGGCUGCAUCUGUCUCCUUGCUUGAUAUUGGUGAUGAACAAACAGAAUCCAGUGAUAGACCGAUUGGUGGAGGAUCGUAGCCAAGGUUUGCUUUACACCUGCAGAGUAUGAUGAUUGAUUCGACAGUAUCUUCUACACAUUUUUCUGAUGGAUGAAGUUGGGUACUCAAGAAAUGACUAACAGCAGGGCCUCCGAAUGCUCCAGAGGGAAGCUUCUCAAUUUGCUGGACUCCACGAGUUUCUCCAGUCCGGCAAGAUCUUUUCCUGUAAGACGUAGGUCCGUAUGUCCAUAGCUGACCCGCCGACUUUCUCUGCACGUUUCUCUUUUAACUUUUUUUUUCACCUGGUUGAAGUGAACAGAAAGUUUCACAAAAGGCAAGUGAACUGUGUUUUUUUAGAUAAUGGAAAGUUCAUUCCAGUCUCUGCAUUUUGUAAUGGAUGCAGCCUGGUCCUUAUUACAAUUUCAGCAUGUACCUAAGUUCAAGGGGUAAUAUUGUAAUUACAGGACUGAAUAUGUUAAGGAAGAGUAAUAUUAAGGGUCCACCCGUGCAUUGCAA